AUGAAGCAGGGAUGGCGGCCUCAGAAAACAACACAGCCAACAGAAGAAACAACAGAAGCAAUAAAAGAAACAGCAGAAGCAACAGAAGACAACAGAAGAAGCAACAAAAGACAACAGCAGCAACGGAUGAAAACAACAGCAGCAGCAGAAGACAACAAAAGGCAUCACGCUCGUAGACCAGUAAGCAAACCUGCGUUAACUGAACGUCACAUGGAGGCCAGGAAUGAGUACGUACUUGAGUACACAGACAAGCCUGUUAGCUUUUGGGACCAGGUAGUCCUCUGGGACGAGAAGACGUUUUGCACAGAUGGUCCCACAUCUACAACAUUUGUUUGGCGGAUGGUUGACACCAGUGAGGGUCGUGGACGAGACAACCACGAGGACAAGACUACAGGACAAGCACGAGGACAAGACUACAGGACAACCACGAGGACAAGACUACAGAACAACCACGAGGACAAGACUACAGGACAACCACGAGGACGGGACUACAGGACAACCACGAGGACGAGACUACAGGACAACCACGAGGACGAGACUACAGGACAACCACGACGAGACCAGGACAACCACGAGACUACAGGACAACUACAGGACAACCACGAGGACGAGACCACAACCACGAGGACAAGACUACAGAACAACCACGAGGACGAGACUACAGGACAACCACGAGGACAAGACUACAGGACAACCACGAGGACAAGACUACAGGACAACCACGAGGACAAGACUACAGGACAACCACGAGGACAGACUACAGGACAACCACGGGACGAGACUACAGGACAACCACGAGGACGAGACUACAGGGACAACCACGAGGACGAGACUACAGGACAGGAUGACGAGGACAAGACUACAGGACAACCACGAGGACGGACUACAGGACAACCACGAGGACGAGACUACAGGACAACCACGAGGACAAGACUACAGGACAACCACGAGGGACGGGACUGGGACAACCACGAGGACGAGACUACAGGACAACCACGAGGACAGACUACAGGACAGGAUGACGAGGACAGGACUAGGACAAGACAGACUACAGGACAACCACGAGGACGAGACUACAGGACAACCACGAGGACGAGACUACAGGACAACCACGAGGACAAGACUAUAGGACACCACGAGGACGGGACUGGGACAACCACGAGGGACGGGACUACAGGACAACCACGAGGACGGGACUACAGGACAACCACGAGGACGAGACACAGGACAACCACGAGGACGGGGACUACAGGACAACCACGAGGACAAGACUACAGGACAACCACGAGGACGAGACUACAGAACAACCAAGGACACGGACAAGGACUACAGGGACAAGACUACAGGACAACCACGAGGACGAGACUACAGAACAACCACGAGGACAAGACUACAGGACACAGGACGACGAGGACAGACUACAGGACAACCACGACAAGGGGACAACGAGGACAGACUAGGACAGGAGGACACACCACGAGGACAAGACUACAGGAGGACAAGACUACACAACCACGAGGACAAGACUACAGGACAACCACGAGGACAAGACUAGGACAGGACAACCACGAGGACAAGACUACAGGACAACCACGAGGACAACCACGAGGACAAGACUACGAGGACAAGACUACAGGACAACCACGAGGGCAAGACUACAGGACAACCACGAGGGCAGUACAGGAUGACGAGGACGACAACUAG